CAUAAGUGACACCUCGCCUGCAAUCUCAACAUUGGGAGCUGAUAAAAAACACCAAUUAACUAAUUAAUUAUAUUCAAUUUUUUAAGUUAUCAACGCAGAUUCGGGGAUUCAAUAAAAUGGCUGAAAAACGAGACUUUCUGGAGUGAAAAACCUUCUUCUACAAUGUGUGCAGUGUAAUUAUGGAAAAAUAUCCCUUGAAGAGUAGUGUUUCUACUACCUUACCAUCACCUUCUUACCAGUCAAUGACCAAAAAGCACGCUAACGGACACAAUCGAGCUACCUUCGUAGCAUCCCCAGAUGAGGAUAUGGUGGACAUUCAAACAUCUGGAUCCGUGGGGGGCGGAGACCUACAUCGCACUACAAGAUUGGGGGACGACGACGAUGACGGAGUAUCGCACUACUCUGUGGCAUACGCAGGAUCACAUGAAUCAGCUGAUAUUCCUGGAAUUGGACAGUAUGAAGAUUUUCACACAAUCGAUUGGCAACGGGAUAUUGCAAGAGAUCGUAUGAGACAUAGGUAUAUAGUUAAAAAGAAACAAGACUCACUAUGGAAUCUCUUAGAGGGCGCUCACGACGCGUGGUCGGGUUGGCUGUGUGUAUUACUAGUAGGUUUAUUCACUGGAGCAGUGGCUGGCGUUAUAGACAUCGGAGCCAGUUGGAUGACCGAUUUAAAAUUCGGCAUUUGUCCUCAGGCCUUCUGGUUGAACCAAGUCCAAUGCUGUUGGUCGUCAAACGAGACUAGUUUCGAAGCCGAGAAUUGUUCCCAGUGGCAGACAUGGUCGGAAAUAUUGGGUCAAAGCAGAGACGGAGCAGGAGCUUAUAUCAUUUCUUAUUUAUUUUAUAUACUAUGGGCCCUCCUAUUUGCUUCUUUAUCAGCUUCCUUAGUGCGCAUGUUCGCACCUUACGCAUGCGGAUCUGGUAUUCCAGAGAUAAAAACUAUUCUAAGUGGAUUUAUUAUAAGAGGCUACCUUGGAAAAUGGACUCUUAUCAUUAAAUGCGUCGGUUUGAUACUGUCAGUAUCUGCUGGUCUCAGUUUAGGAAAAGAGGGACCCAUGGUGCACAUAGCAUGUGCAAUUGGUAACAUUCUCUCAUAUCUUUUUCCAAAGUAUGGAAGGAAUGAAGCGAAGAAGAGAGAAAUCUUGUCAGCUUCUGCGGCGGCCGGUGUGUCCGUAGCCUUUGGAGCUCCAAUUGGAGGAGUCUUGUUCAGUUUGGAAGAGGUGAGCUACUAUUUUCCCUUGAAGACGCUUUGGAGAUCAUUUUUCUGCGCGUUGAUAGCAGCUUUCAUUCUGAGAUCGAUCAAUCCUUUCGGAAACGAGCAUUCCGUCCUAUUUUACGUGGAAUACAACAAGCCUUGGAUAUUUUUCGAGUUGAUUCCGUUUAUAGGACUUGGAAUUAUUGGGGGCGUUAUAGCUACUAUUUUCAUAAAAGCGAACUUAUAUUGGUGUAAAUAUAGGAAAUCUUCGAAAUUGGGCCAAUACCCAGUCACCGAAGUGCUCGUAGUUACUGUAAUCACUGCUAUUAUCGCCUAUCCAAAUCCAUACACACGAAUGAACACCAGCCAACUUAUUUUCCUUUUGUUUAGCCAAUGUGGAAUUGCCAAUUCUGAUGAUUUAUGCGAUUAUAACCGCAACUUCACGGACGUCAAUAAAGCCAUAGAAAUUGCAGCGGCCAACGACGGAGUACACCGAGCUGUAUGGCUUCUCAUCUUAGCCCUUAUUUUGAAACUCGUUAUGACCGUUUUCACAUUCGGCAUGAAGGUACCUUGCGGUCUCUUUAUUCCAUCGUUGUGUUUGGGAGCCAUCGUCGGUCGACUUGUUGGCAUUGGUAUGGAGCAACUAGCCUUUAAAUAUCCUAAGAUCUGGUUCUUCAGCGGAGAGUGUUCGACAGGAGAGGACUGCAUAACGCCCGGGUUGUACGCCAUGGUGGGGGCAGCAGCUGUCCUCGGAGGCGUCACUAGAAUGACAGUGUCACUCGUCGUCAUAAUGUUCGAGCUGACGGGUGGAGUUAGGUAUAUAGUACCGUUAAUGGCAGCUGCUAUGGCCAGUAAGUGGGUGGGAGACGCUUUAGGGCGACAGGGUAUUUACGAUGCGCACAUAGCGUUGAACGGAUAUCCGUUCCUGGAUUCUAAGGACGAAUUCCAACAUACGUCGUUGGCUGCUGAUGUUAUGCAACCGAAGCGUAACGAAACAUUGAGUGUUCUGACUCAAGAUUCGAUGACAGUCGAUGACGUAGAAACAUUACUUAAGGAGACUGAACAUAAUGGCUAUCCAGUUGUUGUGUCGAGAGAGUCUCAAUAUCUUGUGGGAUUCGUUGUGAGGAGAGAUCUUAAUCUGGCAAUAGCCAAUGCGAAGAGAAUGGUGGACGGCAUAUGCGGACAAUCCUUGGUAGUUUUCACGCAAGGAAACGCCCCCCAAACUCUGGGGCCGCCACCACUCAAUCUCAAGAAAAUACUCGAUAUGGCGCCAAUCACCAUAACUGACCAGACACCCAUGGAGACUGUUGUAGAUAUGUUUAGAAAAUUAGGUUUAAGGCAAACGCUCGUCACACACAACGGGCGUUUACUAGGAGUAAUAACCAAAAAAGAUGUCCUCAGGCACAUCAAACAGAUGGACAACGAGGAUCCAAACUCUGUCCUUUUUAAUUAAUUUUUAAAUAAAUAUCCCUUUGUAUACAAUCAUUUUCAUUCAAUGUACACGUUUAUUUAAGAAAGUAACCUUAUCCCAUUUUUUAUUGCAAUAAUAAAUUAUGUAUUAUAUUCAUAUAAUUAUUUAACGUUGUUAAUAACGUUAGUUGUCUUCCUUAGUCUCGUUCAUGUGUUUCUUUUAACGCAAUUAAUUUUGUUUUUUUAGCGAAUUCUCAAAGUAUUUUAUUCUGCUCCGAUUUUAGCGAAUUUUUUCUUGUCGUUUGCCCAAAUAGUACAGGUAAGUGUUUUGGACAAAGUGGCUUUUCGUUAAUUAUAUAUUGGGAAUUAAAACGAUUUUAAAAUUUAAAAACUAAAUUGAGAAAGAAACAGAAAAAUUUCGAAAAAAGUGAUAUUUUUCUGUGAAAAGACUGUUCCUGUGGAUGCUAUAAAAAGGUCCAUAUCUUGAAACCAUGAAAUAAUCGAGCUCACAACAUAUCGGAGCACUAUUUAAUAAUUGAAGUCCGAAAGCAGGCAGCUUGCCACAAGAUUAAAACUUUUUAUAGCGUUUAGUAAUUGCCACAGUGAUAUGGUGCUCAAUGUGGGGCGCCAUGUCAUUGUGGCAAGUUCUGGAUGCUAUAAAAAGUUCCACAUAUUGCCGCAGACACUCGACCUUUAAUAGAAACUCGAAUAUAUGAUAAGUUUUAUAUAUUCGUAAAUAAUGUGUGUGAAAAUAAGUAACGUACGUCAUAUUUGCGAUGCGAUACAAAAAUCCACAUUUUCACAAUUGGAUGAUACAAGCAAUUUGGCUUUUAGGAGCUCAGUUAGGUUGCAGGAUUUUCAAAUUAAAUAAUAAUGUGGUACAAACAGAAACUAACCUUAAAAAUCAGUAUUCUGUUAUAUUAUUGUAUUAUACUAAUGAAAAAUACUGAAAGUCUUGUUAUAUUUCAUUAGAUAUACCUUACAUGGACGUAUUAUUUAAAGUCACCUUCAUUUUGCAAUAGAAAUUGUUUGGCAAAUACUUUGAGAAUUUAUUGAAAUUAAAAACUUGCAAAUAUGUAUAUUUAUGUAAGUAUGUGGUUUUUAAAUAAUGCUCAGAAUAAUAUAUUGUAUGUAAUAAAGUACAUUUUUAUAA